AUGGAGGAGGACGACAGCUCUGCUGGAUGGACUCUGAGGAGGAACACAACAAAAAAGCACAGGACUCAGUGUGGAGAUGGGUGGGGAAGAUGGUCUGGUUCUUCCUGUAACAUCAGCUACAUCUACACAUGGUACAGUGGAGUUUACUGGUGUGAGUCCAGAGAGGGUGCCAUCAGUAACAUGGUUAAUCUCACAGUCUCUGGUGGAUCAGUGAUCCUGCAGAGUCCUGUCCUCCCUGUGAUGGAGGGAGAUGACGUCACUCUGCUCUGUCAAACAAAGACCACUCCCUCCAACCUCCCAGCUGCUUUCUAUAAAGAUGGCUCCCUCAUCAGGAAGCAGCCUACAGGUCACAUGACCAUCCAGCAUGUUUCCAGGUCUGAUGAAGGCCUCUACAAGUGUGACAUCAGCGGUCAUGGAGAGUCUCCAUCC